AUGGAUCAAAAUAUUAAUGAAGUAAAUGUCGAUCAGUCGGUAUUAGAGGCUAAUGAACUUUCUGCUUCAGUUGCUAAAGAAAUAAUUGAUUCUGAAAAACAACCUGCUCCAAAUAAUGUCACGGAAAAUGAGUCCGAGGUUAAGGAGCAAUUAAAUACGCCGGAAAAAAUUGAGGAAUUAACAGAUAACUGUGCCGUAAGUAAUAGUAUUGAGGAGAUAAAAUUAAAUCACACUUAUAGUAAGGAUAAUAAUGGAGCAGAAAGUGGUAACUCUUCUGUAAAUGAUAUCGAGGGUGAAAAAACAGAUACUUGUCUUGUGGAAGAUGAAAAAAUUCCAGUAGAUGAAUCACAAAAUAAAGAAGCAAUAGAAGCUGAUCAAACAAAAACAAAUCAAGCAGAAGUUGUUGAUAAUUCAGUUGAUGAGCAUGAAAAUAAAGUUGAAGAUAAAUGUGAUUCUGCUGUUAGCAAAAAUGUAAAUGAAAAUGUAGAGGCAACAGCGAGCGAGGAACAGGCUGCAGGCGAUACGAUAGAUAUGAUUGAAGAGACUAUCGUUAUUCCAAGCGAAUAUGAAGCCGGUGAGGUGAUUAGUUUGAAUGAUAAAAUUACUGUGGUGUCUGCCGAUCACAUGAGCUCGGAAGACACCAAUGAUGAGGAGGAACACACAGAGACUAUUGAGUUCAAUGUUAUCGAGUACACCGAUGUCGAGGGUAAUCAGGAGCUCAAAGUAGAAAAAGUUGAGUCUAGCAAUAAUGAAAAUACGCCUGCUGAUAAUGAAAAGGUUGAUGGUUCUGACAAAGAUAGUCAAGACAAAGAUGAGCUGAAAGAAAUUCAAGAUUCGAUAGAAGACGGAGCUGUUGAAAAUGGACAGUGCGUUGAGGAACAUAUUGAAUUACUGGAGACUGAAGAAUUGAGUACGAGUAAAGCCGAAGGUUCAGAGAAAAAACGGAGUGUUAUUCAGGAUAUAUUCGAUGAUUGGAGAGACGAGAAUCCCGAAGAAGAUUCUGCUUCUGUCCAAUCACAUGAUACAGUUGAAUUGGAGCUGAAGAGUUUGUUGGAUGAAAGUUCUAAACCAUCUGAAGCAGAUGUGGUAACUCCGAAAAAUGUUUCUGGAUCGACUCCAGUGAAUGAAACUCCAACGUCUGGGUCGAUUAUUGAUUCUACGACAAAGAAGGUUGUCAAAGAUGACUCUGCCAAGGCUCAGCUAGUUAAAUUGACAUCACUAAGAACGCCAGAUUCGAUAAAAAACACCAGUAAAUUAUUGACUCGGCAAUCAGGUACUCCAAAGUCUGGAGAGCUUACAGAUAGUUUGUCCUCACCGAGUGAUGGCUCGCCGGUUACUUUCAAGGGGUUCAAGAGCAAAGAUUCUGAGACACCGAGAAAGGAGAUAAUUAUUGUUAAAAAAAUAAAGAAACAAGAAGCAGGCCAGUCGGCAGCGAGUUCUCCAUCAGCGACUUAUUCACGAGUUUCAACGGAACCAGAGAAUCGUUCUACAGUCACGUCGAGUGAAAAAGCUAGCACUGAUAAGGAGCUUUUGGCUAUUCUUGAGGGUGAUGUUGAUCCGGACUGGUCAGACUUGAGACCUCCGUCACUCGUUGAAGAACCGGAGAAGAAGAAAGAUGUGACUGCUCGAUGCAGUUCUCCGCCUAAAUUGGACCCGGUGACGGAACGCGAGCUGGCUUUGAAGCAGCUUCUUGAGUUGCCAGCGACUCCAAAGAAACUAGUAGUAGCUUCUAAAAAAAAAUUUACACCAAAGUUAAUGCGUCCUGUUAAGACUCAAAAAGAAGUUCAAAAAGAUGUUAAAGAAUUUAAAGAGCCGAAGAAAGCCGUGAAUGUUGAUUUGGUGAACAAAGAUUCUAAGGAAGCCUCGGAGAAAGAAUUAAUAUCAAUAGAUUUAACGAGUCCUAGUUCUGAGGAUCUUAAAGUUGAAGAAACGAGGUCUGGGAGGAAGAGAAAACCUACUGAGAAGGCCCGUGAGUAUGAAAUCAGUCCUAAACGCCAGAAGUCUGUUAAAAUUAAGAGUACGGCGAGUAAAAAAUCAACUAAAGAUAGUUCUAGUGGUACAAAGUCGAAAAAUACUGCGGAGAAUAAUUUAAAUGAUACUGCUGAUAGUGAAGUAUUAGAUAAGGAUGAUUCCGAAGGAGAGAAUACUGAUUCUUCUUCUGUGAUAGAUAAUGAAGUAGAAGAACCUGAGUCAAAGGCUGAUAAAACUUCUCAAGAAGAAGAGUCUGCAAAGAAGACAAAAGACGCGACAUCUAAGAAAUCUGCGCCUCCGAGCGCUAAAAAGAAAGUCACUAAACCUAAACCCCCAACUCCAAAAAAAGCUGCACCGAAAUCGAUGCCUAAAAAAUCUCCCAAGGCUACAAAGACUGCGAAGAAAAAUUCUGAUGGUGGUACACCUGAAUCAAAGCCGAAGAAGAAAAUAAUCGCUGAAAUAGACCGACUGCUUCAGGAUGAAGGGGUCGUUAAUUUGCUGUACGACGUCGAGCAGCCGGGCAAGAAACGUCUGGUACCAGUGACUCAAUCUCAGGCCAAAGUUAUGGAUAUACAAAAAAUCCAGAGGGAGUUGAAAAUCAGGACUAAGCUUGUGCGUAAUGCUGUGUUGAGACUAAGAACCUCUGGGACAUCUCCAGCUAAUGUUACGUCGAGGUCCAAAAGACACGAGCAGCAGCAACAGCAGCAGUCGUUGCAGUCAACGCCAGAAAAAAAAACUCAGGACUCAAAGUCUCCGCGGUCCUCGAUGGCAUCGCCCACGGAGUUUAUGUUCCCCGCAAAAAUACGAAACACCGCGCAUGAAUCGAUUAUCAUUCGUAGACACUCUUCAAGUUCUUUCUCCAGCGCUUCUGGCAGUCCACGUGUCAGCUUUGACAGUGGAGACAGACAUUUAAAUGCGGAUUCAAUUAAAAUGGACGAUCAUCCUCUGAGGUCUAACAAGAGACGUCUUUCGCAGGAAGAUAAGAAGAAACUUAUGCCUGAUUCUAAAAAAAGUAAAAAAGAUACUGAGAAACUCAGCGAUUUAGUUACAUCGUUGCCGAAAAGUAAACCUCAGCUUGGCAAGAUUAUCAAGAAGGCUGUUGAUAAAAAAAUAAAAAAAUUCAUUGAGGAUGAAGAUGACAGCGAGGAUGAGUUCAAAAGAACUAAAAAUGGAGCUGCUGGAAAGAAAAAACUUGUUAAGUCUAAAGUUUGUUUUGCUAAAGAAGAAGAUGACAUCAAGGAAGAACCUACUGAGCAGGAUGAUGCUCUGUCUGCUUGUCUAGCUGAAGCGGUGACGGCGUUGGCCAACGAAAAUUCUGGCCGUACUAGAGCUGGUGCUAUCAACAAAAAAUCUAAACGAGACGCUGAGAGUAUCAAAGCUAAAGAUAAAAUUCAAUUUAGCAAUAAAGAAUUAAUUGUACAGCGACAUGGGAAUCUUGUACAGUUGAUCCUGACGCCGUCGACCUCCUCGAAAAUAAGAAACGGCAUCACGCUUCAAAUUAUGCAGGAGUUCCGCGAAGCUCUGGCGAUACUCAAGAAGGACGAUGACUGCCGAGUCGUCUUGCUCACGUCCACUGGUUCGAGUUUUUGCGAGGGUCUUGAAUUAUCGACGCUGCUUCAUGAAAAUAAAGAUGUCCGACGUGUGCAAGCGCAAAAACUGGCGAAUGGUGUUAAAGAUUUUAUCAAGAGUCUUGCUACUUUUAAUAAACCAAUCGUUGCUGGUGUCCAGGGUACUGCUGUAGGUCUAGGAGUGACCAUGCUCCCACUUUUUGACCUGGUGAUUGCUAGUGACAAAGCCACUUUCAGUACUCCUUAUGGUAAACUGGGGCAAAUUGCAGAGGGUGCUGCUAUUUUUACACUUUCUCAUGUGCUUGGUAGCGCUGUGACGAGUGAAUUACUGCUGGGCGGAAGGACACUUACGGCGAACGAAGCCUUGAGAGCGGGACUUGUAACGAGAGUCCUUUGGCCAGACCGAUUUCAAGUCGAGUUGCUGCCCUCGCUCCGUGUUAUGAGCGAGCAAUCAUCGCAGGUUAAUAAUCAAAUUUUAUUAUUAAGCUAA